GACAUUUAAAAAGGGACGGAGGGAGUACGUCUUUUCUCCGGAAGGAAAAUUUUCCUUGAGUUGUAAGCAAAUGUAUGAGAUUUCCCUUGGAGUGGCUCGUGGCAUUGGAUAUUUGCAUCAGGGUUGUGACAUGCAGAUCCUGCAUUUUGAUAUAAAGCCCCAUAACAUUCUUCUUGAUGAGAAUUUCACUCCAAAAGUUUCUGAUUUUGGGCUAGCAAAAUUUUAUCCAACAGAUGAUGGCAUUGUGACAGUGACUGCAGCAAGAGGAACCUUGGGCUAUAUGGCUCCAGAAUUGUUCUACAAAAACAUCGAAGGUGUUUCCCAUAAAGCUGACAUUUAUAGUUAUGGAAUGUUGUUAAUGGAAAUGGCAGGCAAGAGAAGAAAUUGGAAUUUGUCAGCUAAUUCGAGCCAAAUUUUCUUCCCUUCAUGGGUUUAUGAACAAUUUGCAGAAGGAAAGAACAUACAAAUCGAAGAGACCACCGAGGAGGAGAGUGAGAUGGUAAAGAAGAUGAUGUUAGUAGCUUUACGGUGUAUACAAAUGCAGCCUAGUGAUCGUCCUUCCAUGCACAAAGUUGUCGAGAUGCUUGAAGGAAAUAUAGAAUUGCUUCACACACCUCCAAAGCCUUUUUUGUAUUCACAGGCUAUGCAGGCUGAGAAUAAUGAAAUCAACGAAAGGUUGUCUAAUCUUUCCGGUGCUUGUAUGGAUUCUCUCACUCGUGAUAUUAGUGGGCGCUAAGUUCUCAAGACCAAACAUUCUUCAGUUAGGGUUAAUGGUGCGUCCAUAUGAUUCGGAUUUGAUGGUUUUGAAAGACAAGAGUAUUAUUAACUUCAUGUAAGGUGCUUCUCUUCAUGGAUUAGAACUCGUAGGGGACUGCUUAGCAAAUCUUUUACCUUAGUUUCGGAUCAGACAAGAUGGACACUGACA